UAAAGGCUGGCUAAGCUAGAAUGUUUAAAAAGACAGUUGAAAUGAAACGACGCCGCAAAAGGAAAUUUGAAUUUCAUUUCAGAGAAAAUAAAAAGUGAAACAAUUCAUAGAGGAGUUGUAUUAUUCCCUUGGAUCGGAAAUAUCUGCCGCCACAAUCUAUCUUAAGGACGAUUUGCUUGCUUCAGGUCAUACAGUAGCCACUAAAAAUGGGAAGUAAAGGUCGAAUUCCACCCCCUCAUCUGAGGCGUCCUCUCCCUGGACCUGGCAUGGUACAUUCUGACCCAUUUGGUCCAGGAAUUCCUCCCCGUCCAGGUCCUUUUGCACAUUUUGAUAUGUUGCCACCUCCAGAAAUCAUGGAACAAAAGCUUGCUGCACAGCAUGUAGAGAUGCAGAGACUUGGUACAGAAAACCAGAGAAUUGCUGCUACCCAUGGGACAUUGAGACAGGAACUUGCUGCUGCACAGCAUGAGUUGCAGAUCUUGCAUGCUCAGAUAGGAGCUGUAACAUCUGAAAGAGAACAACAAAUGAGGAGCCUUACGGAUAAAAUAGCUAAGAUGGAAGCAGAACUGCAAGCAGCUGAGCCUGUUAAGGUAGAGUUGCAGCAGGCACACUCUGAAGCUCAGAAUUUGGUUUUAGCUAGGGAAGAACUUUUGUCCAAAGUGCAUCAAUUAAAUCAAGAUCUUCAGAGAGCCCAUGUAGAUGUGCAACGGAUACCAGCUCUGAUGGCAGAACUUGAGAGCCUCAGACAGGAAUAUCAGCAUUGCAGGGCGACAUUUGACUAUGAGAAGAAACUUUACAAUGAUCACCUUGAAUCACUUCAGGUGAUGGAGAAAAAUUAUAUGACCAUGACUAGGGAAGUGGAGAAGCUUAGAGCAGAGCUGAUGAAUGCUUCUAAUGUUGACAGAAGAACUGUUGGGCAAUAUGGUGGUGCCACUGGAAACAAUGAGAAUGAUGCUUCCGGACAUCCUGUGGGACAAAAUGCAUAUGAAGAUAGUUAUGGUAUUCACCAGAGACAUGGUGCUCUACCACCUGCUGCUACUGGUGCAAAUGCAGGUGCCGCUUCUGUUUACGGUGGAACUCAGUCUGGGUCUGGACCUGCAUCUAUGAGGUCCACCUACGAGAUGUCUAGAGGGCCUGCCUAUGAUUUGUCAAGAGUGAGUGGUUAUGAAUCACAAAGGGUGCCUGCUUACAAUGCACAGAAAGGACCCAGUUAUGACGGUCAAAGAACCCAUGUCUAUGAUGCACAAAGAGGAGCUGGCUAUGACACUCAAAGAGGACCUGUAAAUGAUCCAUCCCGGGGUGCAACCUAUGAUGCAGCAACUAGAAGUCUUGGCAUGCAACACGUACAAGCAGCACCCCUGAAUAAUGGACCUUAUGGAUCUGCAACACCUCCUGGUCGAUCUGGAAACGCAUACGAGCCACCCACUCGUGGUGGAAAUCCUGUUAGGAGGAGGUUAAAAGUUGGGCAGCUGAAGAUGGUUCAUACUGGUUUUGGUGGUGAGAGUUGCAAAAUGGAGAGAAAAAUAUUGUCUCCGUGGUUUGAUGGGAGGAGGAUCCGGGGGCUUAAAGAUAAUGUAGGUAGACCCCAGUGAACAAGGAUUCUAAUUUGUCGACUGGUCAGAGAAAGGUUAUGAACAAUAUGACCGGAUGGAUGGCAGGAAAACAUGUUGGGAAUGUGAUGGACGUGACUAAAUAAAAUCUUUAGUUGAUUUGCUAAAUGACUGCCUUUGAUGAUGGAGGAACAGGAUAUUGGUAUAUAUAUAUAGUCAAGGAAAUUGUUUGAACAGGUGACAAAUUUUCGGUAAAACUACUAUAAAAAGUUAGAUUGGAUGUCUAUUGGAUGUCUAUCAAAAAUUAAAUAAAUUAGUUUUCGUUGCUUUUGCUAAAAUUUCCUUGCUAAAAAUUGGUUCUUAUAAGUUGGUAUGUAAUUGUUUUUGACUAUUAUGUUAAUUAUGUCAAUUUUAAUAAUAAAAUGGAUGAAAUUUUAACA